AAAGUAACAAAACAUCAAACUUGUAUGGAACAAUGAGCCCUCAUGCUUUAAACACCAACGUGAAUGCCCUUCAUGACAUUGGGCUCCCUGUAUCGACACCAUUUAAGGAUGCUUCCGCGUCAGUGCCAUCGACGGCAGUGUUUGGCCGGAACUCCAGCUUCCGGAACAUUUUCUUGGCGGAGAACUGGGCAGAGCUUCCGUUGAAGGAGGAUAACGCCGAAGACAUGGUUAUCUACGGUGUUCUGCGUGAGGCCGCCACCAUGGGAUGGCUCCCCGCCAAUGGCAAUGGGGUGAGCAAGGUAGGGAUGGCUGUGAAAAUGGAAAAUGAGAGUCAAAAUAGUGACAAAGCAGCUGCGUGUGGCACUCACGUGCCUCCAAGGAGGGGGUUGAGCUUCCGAGGCGUGCGGAGGAGGCCAUGGGGAAAGUACGCGGCCGAGAUAAGGGAUGCUAAGAGGAAUGGUGUGAGAGUGUGGCUUGGGACCUAUGAGACUGCUGAAAAUGCAGCUUUGGCUUAUGAUCGAGCCGCGUUUAAGAUGCAUGGCUCAAAAGCAAAGCUGAAUUUUCCUCAUUUAAUUGCCUCGGCUCAUCAUCAUGUCGAGCCAAUUAGGAUUUCCUUAAAGAAACAUUCAUUCGAUGUUUCCUUGUCAUCGUCGGAGGUGGCAGCAAAACGGAGUAAGAAUGGCACUGCUUCCACAAAUUUGGAGCUGAAUGACUCAAAUAUGUUACAGUUUCCUAUGGACAAUAGGUGGCAAUAAUAAGGAUUUUUUUUUGUUUGUUCUCGGCAAAAGGAGAUGUAUUUAAUUAAUAAGCGCGAUACCAGCUGUACCAAAGAGUCAGAUUACAAUAAUAAUAGGGAAUGCUUAUACAUGAAAUGUGUUAAUGUCUCCCCAUUGUAGAAGUGUGAUGAUAAUUUGUGAUAGUCUUAA